AUGGUGUCUGUCAGGGUAGCCGCCGACCCCCGUCAGCAGUUCACGCAAUACGAAAUCGACGAGCUUUUAUCGCGUAUAUCAUCGGGAGCCAGCACCAACGCCGUGGACGCGAUCAUGGCGUCGGGAGCGGCGCGGCAUUUGGCGGUGCGGCUCCUUACAGGCGAAACCGUCGUGGACGAGCCGCGUCCGCACAGCGCGGCGGCUGGCGGGAGGAGGACGGGCACGAGGUCGAGCAACACGGCGCGGCCAGCGGGGCCCGUGCCGCAAUCGAUGUCGUGGGAAGGCCCUUCGGGAUCGUCCCCUUCCCCGCGUUUGUCUCGCACUCCGCGCUCCCCAGCUGCUCGAGUGAAUCGCCUCGACUCUUCGAACCCCGCGCAGCUUCGUAUGAUUGAUUCCGCCUCACGGACGCAACCCGAUGCGGUCAGUCCACCGAAUUCGCGAACCACUUACAGAACCGACUCGGACCCGCAUUCCGCAGUGCAGCGCGCUCGAUCGGAGUCGCCGCGGGAAAUGUUGGAAUCUCCACGUUGCGCCACGCCGCCUGGAGUUUCCAGCUCUGAAUAUCCCGCAGAACAAGUCCCGCGUAGGAAGCUGUCAGGAAGGUCAUUCUCGGCUCAAGCUGAGCGGCCUCGCUCGAGCGGUCGCAUCGAAGGCUGCAGGCGCGGCGCUGAAUGCACCUCUCCGGGGCUGAUCAGUCCGCUGGACUUGUGGCGGCACGGAGAGUCGGGACGCGCUGAGCAUUCCUCCGGAGCAGCGCGCGCGGCACAGGGAGAAGCAGGCAGGGUGGGCGAUCUGCGGCGCAACGUGCUCGAGAAGUCGCUGUCCGACAGGCCGGAGCGCCCCGUGACGGCCGCGGGGAGGUGUGGCAGCGGUGGCAGGAGACUGAGCAGCGGGCUCGGGCGGCAGACAGUGGGAGACGAGCGCCGAAGGAAGGGGAAAGAGGCGGGGGUUUGGGCGGUGUGCGACAGACUGAUUGCAGAAAACGACAAAAGCAUGACGCCCAGAGAGGGCGGCUCGGGGAGCCCGAGGGCGGACGCAGGGGAGCCGAAACGGGCAGGUUUGAAGGAGGUUCGGGGAAGUGACGCGAGGGAGCAUAAUGCACACGGCGACUGCUGCAAAGCGCAGGAGAUGCUGACGCGGCAGGUGGACGGGCUGACGCGGCAGGUGGAGGAGCUGACGCGCCACAACGCGCAGCUGAGGGAGAUGCUGCAGGUGCGGUCGGGGGAGGUGCAGCGCGCAGAGGAGGCGCUGAAGGUGGCGCAGGGGGAGCGGGACGCGCUGGCGCAGGAGAUGGAGGCCGCCCUGCACACCUGGAUGGCGCCCACGCCCAGAGCCGCCACGCCUAGGGCGGAUGUGACUAACGCGGGCGUGACAAUAGAGGAGCAUGCGGCAGUGGUGGGGCGGGUGGCAGCGGUGGAGAGGGAGAACCAGGAGCUGUGGGCGAUGCUGGAGGGGCUCAGCGCACAGAGGGAGGCGGAGCUCAGGCAGACCGAGGGGCUGCGCAUGAGGGUCAAGUGCAUGGCAGCCGCUUCAGGCAGCCCGGCUAGCACGGGCAAGAACGGUGGCGGGUCACCCGAAGGUGGAGCUUCCCCUUCCAGAGGCCAUGGCUCCAACAUGACAUCUGUCAAUAGAGCUCCCUCGGCUUCCCAGUUGCCUGGUCACAGGCAUCAGAGCUCGCUGCACUCAGUUCAGUCGGUGCCAAACCCGACAAUUGUUUCUCCCUCUUCCCCGGUUAAUGCGAGACGACGCUUCCCUACGAGCGCCUCUGUUCCAGGCCCAGUGCAUCAUCACGGCCACAAUAACGCCAAGUCCCGGAGGCCGGUUGUUGAGGGCUCCACCCCUAGUGUAGGCUCAAGGAAGAAAGUGUGGUUCGGGCAAGAUUGA